GCGACACGUCCGCCAGAUCCGCGUCGUUUACGUGCUCGUUUUCAUUCCUCUGCGGAUCUUAUCCAUCGAUUGUUUGUGUGCAUAAGCGGUGUUGCCGAUCAGCUGCAGACAAAUUAUCCAGCCGAUUUGCGUCGCGUUCUCAAAAUGGUCCUGCAACCAGUUGAUGUUGUGCCUGUUUAUGAGGUACGUUUUUUGUGCCACGGCAUUAUCGGGUGA